AUGUCCGUGAAUGAGUCACGAAUUGACUCAUUUAUUUUGGAAGAAAUUUUCGUUCCCCGCUACAAGUCUGUUAGGAACUUAGAAGAAGUGAACAUUCGAUUCAUCAAUAAUUCUCGUGAUACUGUCGAUCUGUGCUGGAUUGAUUUCCAAGGCAAUUUAGUUCGUUAUUUGAAGCUUGGCUCACGCGAAGUUGUGAAAUUAACCACCUUUAUUGGGCACUGUUGGAUAGCGCGAUUUAUACGGAACGGUGCAGCUGCACAGUUUUUACCUGAUCGUACUGAAGUUUUUGUCAUCACUAGGCGUUUCCUUCAUACGGCACUCGUUUUUAUCACUCAGAAAGUACCUACUUUGUUUGAAGCCGCUGUUGAGCAUAUUGGAGAACUAUUUCACGAACAGCAGUGCAUUCUGCGUAGGCUCCCUGUUCCUGAACUUGUAAAGGUCUAUCAUUUGUGUUUUGUAUUUAUAUAG